AUGGUGCGGCGAAGGAGCUGGGGGGGGGGCUUACUUCCGACGGGGGGGAGGGCGUGGCGAGCAGGGGCGUUGUGCUGCUUGUACGGCUUGCUGCUCUUGGGGAGAUUUGUGGAGGCGAACGACAUCAACCACAAGUACCACGAUGGCGAGAGCGUGAUCGUGUGGGUCAACACGGUGGGGCCAUGGAACAACCCGCAGGAGUCGUACCCUUACUACCGCCUCCCGUUCUGUGUACCGGGCCUGGUGGACGGCACCAAGCAAAAAAGGCCUUCCGGCCUAGGAGAACUCCUCGCCGGAAACGAGCUGCGCAACAGCGGCAUGGACGUCAAAUUCAAGGUCCCUCUUCCGAAGACCGCGCUGUGCACCCAGUUGUUGGACCAAACCUCGGCUGCGCAGUUCCGGAAUGCGGUGGAGCAGAAGUACUUGGCGAACAUCUACAUAGACGACCUUCCAAUCUACGGUCCCGUGGGGAGCUACAUAGACGACCUUCCAAUCCACGGCCCCGAGGGGAGAGAGAAGGAGCCCGGCAUCUACGUCAACCAGAGGUACACGAUUCUCUACAACGGCAAUCGAAUCAUCCGAGUGAUGUUCGAGCUAGACACACCCGUGGUGGCUUGGGUGGAAACGGACGUGCCCUUCGACAAGCGGUUCGAUCACUACCUCGACCCCAAGUUCUUCAAGCACAGGAUCCACUGGUUCUCCAUCAUCAACUCGUUCAUGAUGGUCAUCUUCCUGUGCGGACUGGUCGCUCUCAUCCUUGUAAAGACUCUCAAGAAUGACUUCGCGAAGUAUUCGCCUGAUGAUGACGAUUUGGAGGGGCCUGACGCGGGCAUCGGGGAAGAUAGCGGCUGGAAGCAGGUUCACGGGGACGUGUUCCGGGCGCCCAAACACCUCAUGCUCUUCAGCGCGCUGUUCGGCACGGGGUGCCAGCUCGCGGUGCUGGUGCUGCUGGUGAUCCUGUUCGCAAUCGCCGGGCCCCUCCACGGCGACGUGUACGAAGAGCGCGGGGAGAUGGUCACCACCUUCAUUGUCUGCUACGCGCUCACUACUCUUAUCUCAGGGACGUGUACGAUUCCGGCGAGGAUUGCGUGUGCUCCCGGCAGAACUCGCGAGUAG